AUGGAGAAGGCGCCCGGGCCCAUCGACCUCGACGGCCGCACCCACGAGGGGGGCGGCCAGCUUCUCCGCAACGCAGUUUGCCUGGCUGCACUUACCGGCCGCCCCAUAAUGGUCCAUCACAUCCGGGGGAACAGGUCGGGUGGCGGCGGGCUCAAAGCCCAGCACCUGGCCUGCGUGAACUGGCUCGCCGAGGCUUGCGGCGCCGCGAUCGAGGGUGCAGAGAAGGGCAGCAAGACGCUCAUUUUCGAGCCUCAAGACCCCUCUGGAGCCCCUAACGCGGUUUCAAAAGCCUUCAAACUGGUUACGCGAGACGGAGAAGCCGUCUACGAGACCCGCCUGGACAUCGGCACCUCUGGCGCUACCGGACUGGCUCUGCAAGCUAUCUUGCCGUACAUUCUCUUCUCACCCAGCCGCCCGACAGAUCACCCAGUACGGCUGACUCUCACUGGCGGCACCAAUGUCUCCGGCUCUCCAUCGUUCGAGUACAUCGACAACGUCCUUGUCCCCACGCUGUAUGCCAUCGGCCUCCCAGACAUCCGCGCAACCUUGAAGAAGAGAGGAUGGAGCCAAGGCGGCAGUACAAUCGGUGAGAUCACCUUCGACAUCCCAGCGCGGCCAUAUUCCUCCCUCCCAGCAUUCAAAAAGGCACCUAAAGACCCCAACACCAAGACAUACGGCCCUCUCCAUCUCGAAGCCACGUUCGUAGGCCCGGCAUCAGUCCACGAUUAUGUUCGCCAAGUCUUGCCGCCAGCAAUCUCCCACCACUUCAGCGAGCACAUCGACGAGACACAAGGAACCCUACAUAUCAAAUGCGAAGGCAGCCUCCAUGAGAAGCGUAUUUAUCUCAUCAUCUUGGCCAUGAUGCCAGAUGAGGGCUAUAACCCUGGGAACACCUACCAGCUCGCCUGCGACUGGCUGUACGAUCGCAAAAUCACCUCGAUUGAGCGCGCGGCCACUGAGAUGGUCGAACGUGUUGCCAAUUCGCUUGCUCAGCUGGUUGAUGGUGGAGCUUCUGCGGACGAGCAUCUCUGCGAUCAACUGGUCAUCUUCCAAGCUCUCGCGAAAGGCACCAGUCGAGUCUACCCUGGCGUUGACGAAGCCGACGAUCCAAGGGAGCCGAGUCUACACCAAAGAACCGCCGAAUGGGUGGCGAAGAAGAUACUGGGCGCAAAGUUCGACGGGGACAAUGCUUGCGAAGGUAUUGGGUUUGGUGCCGAAGCAGACGAUAAGAAGCUCAAGGAGGCCCAAAGCAAGGAGAGGCACGAGGACGUGAAGACUGAAGCAGACGAAGAGGAGCGUGAGGAUAACGCGCUCGCGCUCAGAUUGAAAGCUUUCGGUAUCAACGGCCCUGACCGGACCGGGCAUGGCGGGUCCACGAUGCCAUGUUCAAGCUGCAACACCGACGACACCACCUCGCGCACGUGA